CUGAGGCUGAUAAGUUGAGUGAUCAAUUGAGCCAAACUGAGCUUCAACUUCGUGAAAUUAAAGCUGUUGUUGCAAGAGAUUACUUAAAAAGAAAGUGUGCAAAAGAGGAAGACAAAGCAAGAAGAAAGAAAAAGAAACUUGCUUGGGGGUUUGAAACCAAGAAAAAGUGGGAAACUAAGAGUAACAUGUAACAAGUUUGAAAAUGGCUAAAAUUUGUUGCUCAGAAUCAUUUUUAUCAGUCGCAUCAAAAGACCUCCUAAAAGUAUUUUCCUUGGAAAAAGGACAGUGUUUGUACACAUAUACACAUGAAUUUGACAACUCAGUCACAGAUGGAAAUAAUAAACCAUUGGAUGAUAGACUUGAAGACUUGUGUUGUACAAGCGAUGGAAAAUAUAUUUGUGCAAUGUACUCCGAUAAGCGAAUUGUGGUCUUGGACCCAACUGAAUGGGAAUCUGCCAAAGAAAUUAAAGUUAGAAGACGUCCUACUGCUAUGUGCUUUGACCACAGUGGGAAUGUCUUAUUCAUAGCAGACAAAUCGGGUGAUUUAUACAAAUAUGAUCUGCAGACUGAACAGAAAAGUAUGGAUUUUGAAACCAAAGAAAUUGAACCUAUUCUUGGUCAUGUUUCCAUGCUAUUAGACGUGAAAGUUAGUUGUGAUGGCAAAUACAUUAUUUCUGCUGAUCGUGAUGAAAAAAUAAGAGUUAGUGAAGUUAAGAAUCCUUACAUUAUUGAAGAAUUUUGCCUAGGUCAUACGGAGUUUGUUUGCAAAGUUGAACCUGUUCCUCACGCAUCCAGAACUUUGUUUAUAUCAUCUUCGGGCGAUCGAUCUGUACGGUUAUGGGAUGCUGUUGCUGGUAAAGAAUUGUGUAAGCAUAUUUUUGAGGAUCAAUCUGUUAGUAAUCAAGGGAAUGAAAAUGCAUCUUCACAAUUUCAAUAUGUGCCAUCUAUUAUAACUAUAUCCGCUGAUGGUGGAUAUUUCGCAGUUGCAUCUUCUCAAACAAACAUGAAAAACUUGUCAGUGUUCAAGCUGGAUGCUAAAAAAUGUUGCUUUAUUUACUUAUGCGAUUUACAAAUUCCAAAUUGCAUCAGUGUACAAGAUUUAAAAUUUGGGAAUGACAAGACUUGUGUCAUAUUGUAUGCACUGAUAAUUUCCGAAAGUGAAGACUACUUAAGCUUGCAUACAUUUACUUAUGAGAGUGAAAGAUUUCAAUCUAAGCGGUUAGAACCAGUAAACUGUAUCAGUUCUCAGUUGAACGCCAUUGACCAUGAGCUGAAAGACUUGUAUGUCAGUUUGUUCAAAGCUCGCUGUGAGGGAGAAGUUUAUGAAUCCUAUCAAUUGAAGAAAAAAGAAAGACUGAAAUUGAGGAAUAAAACCAAAGAUUCCACUGAAUUAAAUGGUUCAAAGCGUGUGAAAAUGGCUUAAAAAAUAAACAAAAUUGUGUUGAAAUUGUUGAUAUCUUUUUAUAUGAGCACAAGAUUGAAAAGUCAAGAAUUUUAUAAUUCAAGCGAUCUGGUCGUAUUCAAUAGGCUAGGAUUUACAUAUUUAUCCCGGGGGAAAGGAAGACGAUAGGACGGCAUGUAAGACUCAUGUUUUCACUGAAUGACACAAAAUAAUAAAAUGUAUGUCAUAGCAAACUUCAGCCUCGUGAAAAACCCUACAGACAUAAUGUUACAAAAUUUGACUACUGUAUUUGCAAUUAAUUGUGAUGAUUUUUAUGAACGAAAUUUGUGUAUU